AUGUCAAACUCAGCCCCAGACAUUGGCACCGAAGAACCCAUGCCGGAAGAGUUCCUCACAGCCUUCAACUGCCUCUGGGCCGACAAGGGAGUACAGCUCACAAUACUAAAGGGCAAUCAAUAUGCGCUGCACGACAACUUGAACUACUUCUUCCAAGACAUCGACCGAUUGUUUCAAAAAGACUUCCUCCCCACAGACCAGGACAUUCUACGCACCCGGUUACGCACAACAGGCAUCUCGGAGACCAUCUUCGAGCUGGGAAACCUUACCUACAAGAUGGUCGAUGUCGGCGGACAACGGUCGGAGCGAAAGAAGUGGAUACAUGUCUUUGACAACGUUCAGGUCGUACUCUUCUUGGUAGCCAUCAGUGGCUACGAUCAUGUGCUCGUAGAAGACCGCAACGGGAACCAAAUGCACGAGGCCCUCAUGCUCUUCGAGUCCAUCUCCAACUCCAAGUACUUCGAAAAGUCUGCGCUCAUCCUAUUCCUCAACAAGAUUGAUCUGUUCCGCGAGAAGAUAGCCGGAGGGAUGAGCCCCAUCUGCAAGGUUUUCCCAGACUACACCGGCGCGCCGACGGACAUCGAGGCCGGCAUGGAAUUCUUCGCUCACAAGUUCCGGAACCUGGUGCGGCAACCAAAAAAGGAGGUGUACGUUCACUACACCAAUGCAACCGACACGAACUUGCUCAAAAUCACCAUGGCGUCCGUACAAGACAUGAUUGUGCAACGGAAUCUCAAUGCCCUCAUCUUAUAA